UAGUUAAGAUAAAUGAACUGUGACCUAAAACUUCUGAUUUGACCAGAUAGAGACAAACUUAAAACCAACAAAUUGCUCCCAAAAGCGUAAUUAACUUCAGACUUGUCAAAACCUCUUUAUCCACUAUAAUAAACCUCAUACUAAUACUAUAACUCUACUCAGGGUAGUUUUAGGGGAAUUAAGUAGCUUUUUAGCAGAUGCUCUAAGAAAAAUGAAUGAUAGUACUGCUGUUAAAGUCAAAAUAUACUUCAAUUUUCACCUACUUUUCAGCAUUCUGAACCCCAAACCUGCCCCGUAUUCUGAUCUCCCACAGCUCUUUCUGUAUAGACUAAGCAUAUCAGGCCUUUGGGUGUGUGUGUGCGUGUGUGUAUACAUUACACUUUCAUUGGAUCCUUUUUUGGCAGAUAGAUUGGUUAGGACUUUAUGAAGGAAUCUGAGGUAAAAAGGGAAAUUUACAUUCAAUGUAGGAAAAAAGGGAGAGGAGGAAAGAAGGUAAGGGAAGAGGAAGAAAAGGAGAGGGAAAAGGAAGGAAGGAAAAAUAUCUAAGAAUUAUUUAACACCAUAAAGUUAGUAAAUGGAAAAAGAUCAAUUUGCUCUUUACAGAGACGCGCAGCUAUGGAAAAUAUUAAAGAUCUAAGGAUACUCUCUGCCUUCACGCGUCUCAGUGGCAGCAGGUCCGGCCUUGACACGCAGAACGACGCGGGCAAGUUGGUGGACCUGUACGCGCCUAGGAAAUGCUCCACCAGCAACCGCAUCAUCGGUGCUAAGGACCACGCAUCCAUCCAGAUGAACGUGGCUGAGCUUGACAAGGUUACUGGAAGAUUUAAUGGCCAGUUUAAAACCUAUGCCAUCUGUGGGGCCAUUCGCAGGAUGGGUGAAUCAGAUGAUUCCAUUCUCAGAUUGGCCAAGGCUGAUGGCAUCGUUUCAAAGAAUUUCUGACUGGAGAGAAUCAGGGAUGUGGAAUAUAGAACAUAAAUAAAUAGUGAAACCC